AAGGAGCAUUGUCGAGAUGUGAUUCCACCAACGAUAUUCAAACGAUAGCGCUGUUAAACGAAGUCCAGAGCAGCAGACACAGCAACAAUGUUUGCUUGUCUGCAGACUGGUUGUUAUUGAAGCGUCUGUCCAGCAAUGCAUCCUGCCUGGGGACUGGCGAUUAUCAUGGCAGAACAGCGCCUGUUAACUCAGGUUUGCAAGUGCAAGCGUAUCAAUCAAUGUAUCGUGCUUGGAGACUGAUGGCCAGGCAUCCCCGAGUCGGAGGCAAGAGGUGACGGAAAAAUGAAGUGCCUGAAACAACUCGCUUGCUAUUCGGCAUUGAGCUCAUUGAGUGCACUCGACCAAAGUCUUCCAUCUUCAACGUACUGACCCAGUUCAAACAUGAGAAUCAGCGUGAGAGAUAUUGUCCGCGUCAUUUGCUGUCUGUAUCUUCCAGCGGAUGAAACCACGGAAGCGAAUACCACGGACAGACAAAACGAUAAUGACUGGUUAAAUCCUGUCUCGGGUGCCGGAGUCAUUCCUGGACUUGAUACGGAUCCUGCAUCUCGGCCAGCGAGAUCGACACUUGCUUGGGGCGUCAGACUUGGUUCAACAGCAAUCACAGGCUGUCUGCCAACGCCUAGUGUUGCAGUUUCAGCAGAGGUUCCUCCAAGGCGAUCGAAUAAUAACCAAGAGGAUGCUUCGACGCAGACAGAUUUCGACGACUGCCUUGGGCAAAACAGCUCUCAAAUAUCUCCACAUCGGACUUCUGUUCCUACAGUUCUCCGAGUUGGGAGAGCUGUGCAAUCAGGGUCAGUAAAAGAUAAGAGGAGGAUGGCUCGGUGCAGCCGAAUAAGGGAGGAGCAAACUGUUGCCGGCCAAGUGGAUCUACAGGAGUCCCAAUAAGAUGACGUUGGAGAGGGGCAAGAUGUAUCCAUGAGAUUACAGCUUCCCAAGGACAGUAUUGUUGGGA